CCCAAAACACAACUGAAGGUUUGAGAGCUUCCCUUCUGCUGCAGAGGCAGAAUGAGCUGGAGUUUCCUCACGCGCCUGUUGGACGAGAUUUCCAACCACUCAACCUUCGUGGGCAAAAUCUGGCUCACCCUCCUCAUCGUCUUUCGCAUCGUGCUGACUGCGGUCGGGGGCGAGGCAAUCUACUAUGAUGAACAGAGUAAUUUUGUGUGUAACACGCUGCAACCCGGUUGCGAGAACGUGUGCUACGAUGCGUUUGCGCCGCUGUCACACAUUCGUUUCUGGGUGUUUCAGGUAAUUAUGAUCACCACCCCCACCGUCAUGUACCUCGGCUUUGCUAUGCAUAAGAUUGCCCGCAUGGAGGACGAUGACUACCGGCCGCGGGGCAGGAAGAGGAUGCCGAUAGCGAGCCGUGGUGCCAACCGAGACUGCGAGGAAGUGGAGGAUCAUGGGGAGGAGGACCCCGUGAUCCUGGAAGAGAUUGAGCCAGAAAAGGAAAAGGAAGUCGCGGAGAAGCCCAGCAAAAAGCACGACGGACGCCGUCGCAUCAAGCGCGAUGGCCUGAUGAAGGUCUACGUGGUUCAGCUGCUGUCGCGUGCCAUCUUUGAGGCCUCGUUCCUGUUUGGACAGUACGUCCUUUACGGGCUGGAGGUGGCCCCGCUGUACGAAUGCACGCGCUCCCCUUGCCCGCACAGGGUGGAUUGCUUCAUCUCGCGGCCCAAAGAGAAGACCAUCUUCCUGCUCAUUAUGUAUGCGGUCAGCGCCCUGUGUCUGCUCUUCACCAUGUUGGAGAUCCUUCACCUCGGCAUCAGCUGUGUCCGAGACUGCUUUUGCGCACCGCGGCCUCAGCCUCCCACCCCCCGUCACCCAACCCUGUCCAGCCAGAGAUCCGCUGCCAUCUGCCACCGGCCAUCGGCACCUCCAGGCUACCACACGGCUCUGAAGAAGGACCCGUCGGGGAAAAUGGGCUUCAGGGACAACCUGGGAGACUCGGGCCGCGAGUCGUUUGGCGACGAGGCUUCAGCGCGGGAGCUGGAGAGGCUGCGAAGACACCUGAAACUGGAUCGGCAGCAUCUGGACCUGGCUUACCAAAAUGAGGAGAGCAGCCCAGAGUCCAACGGAACCGCGGUUGAGCAGAAUAGAUUAAACUUUGCCCAGGAGAAGCAGAGCAGUACAUGUGAGAAAGGUCUUCGUGUGUAGGUUCAGUGAGGUGUGUGUGUGUGUG